AUGGAGAAUACGCUAUGUGAGGAAUUGAUAGAGAAAAUUCUGUUGAGGUUAGCUGUGAAAUCUCUUAUUCGAUUCAAGUGUGUUCGUAAGUCAUGGUUUUCUCUCAUCUCUGAUCCACACUUUGCAAAUUCCCAUUUUGAACUCUCUGCCAGACCCUCCCAUAGAUUCCUCUACAUGGAAGCUUUUGGUUCCGAAGCUAGAUCCAUCGACAUUGACGCAUCGCUUCACGAUGAUUCUGCUAUUGUAACCGUCAUUCCCCCGUUUACAAAGACUGGUGCUGAAAGUUUUAAGAUUUUCGGUUCGUGCAGAGGUUUUGUCCUCUUAAGAAGAUACUCAAACCCAAAUCUCUAUAUAUGGAAUCCAUCAACUGGUUUCCACAUACAACUAUCGUACCCUAAGAUUUGGAAAGAAAAGUUUUUUGAUUCCAUUCGGAAGGCACACCUAAUUGGUUUUGGAUAUGACCCUUCCACUGAUGACUACUUGAUAGUUGUGUUAUGCCUCAAUGAUUUGGUGUUUUUCUCUUUCAGAACCAAUUCAUGGAAACAAUUCAAUAUUCCCUUUGUGCAUCGUGUCAGUAAUUCUCGAGUGAUCUUUAAGCAAUCUGGAUUGGUCUUUAAUGAUGCUAUUCAUUGGCUGGCUAAAGAUGACAUUGAAUUUGUUGAUGUAAUUAUUGUCUUUGACUUGAUAGAAAAGAAUUUAUCAAGGAUAUCUCUGCCAUGUGGUCGUGACCAUGUUUUUCAUGAUUUGAGAAUAAUAGGAGGGUGUCUCAGUGUGUGUAAUGAAACUCAGGUGUGGGUUAUGACAGAAUAUAAACUUCAGUCAUCUUGGAUUAUGUCUGACUUUCCUAUUAUGUAUACAGAAUCUCUGCAACUGAUCAUACCUCUAUGCUCUGCCAAAGGUGGUGAACUUGUUGCAUCAACUCAUAAUGCGGAAUUGAUGAAAUUUGACUUCUAA